GCCGCCGCCCGCGCCGCGCGGCGCCGCCGCAGACGAGCCACCCGACCCGCCGCCGCCUCCCUCGGCCCUGGUGCGCUCGUCGGCACCGCCCUGGCGUCCGCCCUGGUGGCCGCGGUGCGCUCGGCGGGCCGGCGCGCGGCGCGCGCCGUGGGCGGCCGCGCUUACGGCGUGCCGAAGCUGCCCACUCGUCCGCCAGCGUGAUCCUCACUGCAGCCGCCGAGGCAGCCGAGGAGCUGGCCCAGCGCAUCACGGACCGGGAGGCCCGCAAGGCCGAGGGCUCCAUUGCUCUGCGGGCGAAGCUGGACCGCCUCAAGGGGCUCCAGGGCGGCGGCCAGGGCGCCUGCCCUGGCGCGGGCGCGCGAGGCUUCUCGGGGGGCACCGCCGCGGGCCUGCAGACGCCGGGGGGCAACAGGCCCACCGCCGUGCCCGCGCGGGCCGCGGCGGCGCUGGCGCAGCUGCCGAGCGAGGUGGAGAGGGCGGCCAGCCUGAUGUGGGAGCAGUUCAGCGGCGCGCUGGGCGCGCCGCCCGCGCGCGAGGCGGCGCCGCCCGCGCGCGGCGCCGCGGGGCUGGCCGCCUUCCCAGGGCUGGCGUGGGCCAGCAGGGCGCUCUUCGGCGAGGCGCCCUCAGCGGCGCCGGCCGCCGCGCCGGACGGCGCAGGCGUGGCACUGCUCGCCCCCGCGGAGCAGUCGGCCACCCCGCGCGGCCGGGAGGGGGCGCGCGCCGAGCUGCGGGCGCGGGUGCGGGCGCUGGAGGACCGGCACGCCAGCCUCCGCGAGGGCCACCGGGCCCUGAUGGAGAAGCUGCAGAGCCUCUGAGGGGGCGCGCGCGCGCGCGCAUCCUCGCCCGCUGGCCUCCCCCGCGUCGUGGGCAGUCUUUCGGCUGGGGCAACUCCGUUCCAGACAACGGCACGACGUCGGGGUGUGCUGGGUCCUGCCGCGCGCCGUCCCGCCGCCCCCCCCUGUUUCCCGGGCGGGCCGCGGGGAGGAUGCCGCCACUCCGCGGCCCCGGAGCUCCCGACCCCUUCCCCAGGGGCUCGAGCAGGGGAUAUCGACUGCAGAAUCGACGCCUGUCUCCUGCUUGUUGCUCAGGGAGGCCUCCCGCAGGUCCGGCCGCAGAGCAGGUGGCUUGCCCCGCUGCGUGUGGCAUCUCGACGAAGAGCGCGCGGCGAUUCAAGCACACCUGCUGCCCAGGUGGCGCCGUGAAUUCGGUGCCGCCCAAUUCAGGCGGGGUAUUAGAUUUUUGCCUCUCGGAGGCGCACUUCUUCCAGACCCGGCCGUUGCCUUCAGUUGACAGAGGGCUGGCGACGGAUUUUUUCCACGCAUGAUGAUCGGCAAAUGAAUGCUAUAGGCAUAGACUCGGACGAUUUGUUUCAACCGGCUUCUGCCAACUUGAGUUGGCUCUACACUAGCUGGCUCUGCCCGUGGGCUCGUCUGAAGCCUGCGGACCUACUCUCCCCAACCAUGUAAUGACAUCCCUUCCGCUCCGCUUUCUCAUUUCGACAAGCCUCUCUGCACUGCACUUCCUUGUAAAGAAAUUAGUGCCGUCCGAACGGAUCCCAGGCCCGGCCAAGCGCACUGGCAGCUAAUUAGGAGGCGUGGAACAGCUGAUCGAGCUAGCCAAGAAUAACAGGACGGUCCAGGCCCGCGACCA